AUGGUGUGCGGCGGCACCGCGCCGGCAAAUGUGCUCGACCCCGAGGCGAUGGCGCAGGCUGAGGCUCAGAAGGCGAUCAACAAGAGCAUCAACAAGAUGAUUAGGUCCAGUCGCGAAAGCGCGGAGAGUAAGACUAAGAUGCUCCUGCUUGGCGCGGGCGAGUCGGGCAAGAGCACCAUCUUCAAGCAGAUGCAGAUCAUCAACGGGACGGGGUACACGAAGGACGAGCUCGCCUCCUUUAAGUGGAUCAUUCACCGCAACGUCCUCGACGCGAUUCAGAUCCUCAUCACCCAGGCCUCGUCGAUGGGCAUCCAGCUCGAAGAGGCCAACGAGGACCGCGCGGAGCAGGUUCAGCUUUGGGAGGGUGAGAACCUCAACCCCGAGCUGGCACUGGCGAUCGAGGCGCUAUGGGCCGACCCGGGCAUCCAGCAGACCUUCGACAAGCGUGCCGACUUCCAGCUCGGAGAUGCGUCCAAGUACUUUUUGGACCAGGUCGGCCGGAUCGCCGCUGCCGACUACGUGCCGAUCGUCGACGACGUGCUACGCGCGCGCGUGCGCACGAGCGGGGUAGUCAGCAAGGAGUUCUGCAUCCCAGCGACAGGCACGACGCAGGCCCGCGCGAUCGAGCUCUUCGACGUCGGCGGGCAGCGCAGCGAGCGGCGGCGGUGGAUCCAUUUCUUCGACCACGUCAACUCGCUUGUCUUUGUCGCCGCCAUCAGUGAGUACAAUCAGGUUCUCGCCGAGGACGCGAGCAAGAACCGACUGGAGGAGGCGAUGGACCUCUUCGAGCAGAUUGUCUCAUCAUUGAGCUUCAUAGACACCUCCGUCUACCUCUUCCUCAACAAGAGGGACCUCUUUGAGGAGAAGAUCAAGACGAUCGACCCGAGGAGGUGGUUCCCCGACUACACGGGCGGCUGCGACAAGGACAAAUGCGAGGCCUUCUUCCGCGCAAAGUUCAAGGAGCGCAUGCAGCGCGCCAAGAACAAGUCGGCGUUAUACGUCCACACCACGUGCGCCACAGACACGGGCAACAUCAGAUUUGUGCUCGACGGCAUCUUCAAGGACGCAGCGACUUGA